AUGGGUACCUUUAUUGGCCAUGUAUUGCCUGGUGCUGGAUUCUUUCUUAUUGGCCUCUGGCAUCUUUCCAAUACGUUAACAAAUUAUGCCCGAUCUACAGGUGAAUUCCACACCAGACCCUGGUUUCCUGCUAAAUUUAGAGGCAGAAUAUUAAAGCAUUUGGAACUUCUCUCUAUUUUAGCGGGGUCCUGCCUUUCAAUUUCCGCAGAGCUUUUCAUCGGGCCAAAGCGACAUCAGCCUUUGGCAGAUGACUGGACUAUUCCUCCCGAGCACCUCAACAAUUUCGAGCACUCUUCUAUUUCCUUAUUUUUCCUCACCUAUGCCGCCGUGGCAAUCUACGUGGACAGGCAUGAGAUCCACGUGCCACACGGGAUGCUCCACGUCAUUGCCGCGCUGGCGUUCAGCCAGGAGUUGUUGCUGUUCCAUCUGCACUCCGCUGAUCACAUGGGGGCUGAGGGACAAUACCACUGGCUGCUACAGCUCAUAGUACUAGUUAGCCUGACCUCCACUAUUUUAGAGGUACCUUUUCCCAAGAGCUUUUUGGUGGCCAUGGUGAGGUCAAUGUCUAUAUUAUUUCAGGGAUUAUGGUUUGUACACAUGGGAUUCAUGCUCUGGAUUCCUGCGUUUAUUCCAAAAGGGUGUAAAAUGAAUGCAGAGCACGGUCACAUGGUGGUGAAGUGCGAUGAGCAGGGGGCUAACAUGAGGGCUAAGGCUCUGGCCAAUCUGCAGUUCAACUGGUACUUGGCCUCCCUAAUUAUCUUCACUGUAAUCCUGUAUGUUAAAAUGAUGAAACAUUAUGGCGGCGAAAAAUUGGUGUUGUAUAGAAGUGUGGUGAGCAGCAGUGAUGAUAAAGAGAGGUGGUCAACGGAUGAUUCACAGAGCUCCAUGGAUAUGGAGAGUAUGCAGCCCCUCAGUCUAGAAAGAUAGAUACACAAAUUUGUUUUCAACUGGGUUUCUCCUAAUUCUCUGAACUACAACUUGAGCAUGAAUGUAUAAUAUAUAUACAGGAAGUUAUCCUGCUGUUCUA